AUAUUGGAUAACAAUGAAACGUUACAUCGUUGAAGUUACUCCCUAUCGCAUAUUGUGACAUCCUGUAGAUAACUAAUUAAAUCGUGAAUUAUGGAGGAGAGAACAGUCCGGGCAAUCGACCUGGUUCUAAAAGCACCGAUGCCUGCCAGCCGUACAAGCUGUGUCAAAGCUAUGGUCAGUGCUAAAUCCUCUCUCAGAAGACACGCGGAAAACUCCCCCAUGUUUGAAGAGAAAGAACAAGACGCAGAACUACGUGAACAGUUAGCUUCGGCGCUAACUAUCGAAGAUGACGAUGUCGAUUGUGAAACUGAUGAGGAUGAUAUUGAAAAAGAGGAAGAUGACAUCGUUGAAAUUGAAAAUGAUACUGACGAAGUGUCGGAAAGUAGGCCAUUGUCGUUACAGCGGCAGACAUCAAUGAUUGUCGAACAGCAGGUUGGACUAGGUGAACGUAAACCAACAUUGUUUCUUAGUCGAGCCAACACAAGGGUGAAUCUAAAAGCUAAUGACGUUAAAGAAAAGGACGCCCAAAGGCAUGGGAUCCUUAAAAAUGUUAAAACUGGCAAUAGUACUACUCCAGGUUUAAUAAGGGAACCCACUAAAAUAGAAAAGGACGCAGUUGCAAUAGACCCGGAAAUAGCAAAAACAUUUAAACCAAAGAAGAAAUUUGAGAAAAAGUGGGGUAAGAUUGAUCGUGAUGAAGUUGAGAAAAAUGAGAGAAUCAACUUAUAUACUAACAUGUGCAAAAAGAUGGGUAUCGUGCCAGCCCGAUUUAUCAGUGCCAGUAUUAACAGUAGCCAAAUGAAGAUUGUGGGACAUAAAAUAGGACCAGAUGGAAUGAGAGCAUUGGCUGUGGGUCUGGUUAACAAUCCUUGUGUUGAACUUAUAGAUUUGGAGGAAAAUUAUCUAGGACCGGAAGGUAUCCUACAUGUGUCUGAACUAAUUUUGUGCAAUUCUUAUCUUAAAGAAAUUCAUAUAGCGAACAACAAUAUAGGCGGUGAAGGUGUUCGUGCAAUCUGCGAUGCAAUGCGUGAAAAUGAAAAUAUACGGGUCCUCAACAUAUCGUCCAAUCAUAUUCAAGAUGCGCACGCAAUCUUCAUUGCACGCAUGAUUGAGGAUAACAUCCAUCUGCGCAAGUUGGACCUUAGUCACAAUGAACUCAGGGGAGAGGGUGCAGUAGCAAUUGGGCUAUCAUUGAGAAAUAAUGACACUCUGGAAAUUCUGGACCUUGGCUGGAACCAACUGAGGGGAAGGGGAGCAAUGUCCGUAGCUGUCGGAUUGAAGGAUAACACAGGUUUGAAGAUGGUUAAUCUAGCCUACAACGGUUUUUCAAAUGACGGGUGCCACAGACUGGGAAUAACAAUGAGACGCAACAAUACAUUGGUCGAGCUAGAUCUUAGCAAUAAUAGAAUUGGGGCUGAAGGUCUUAUAAAAAUCACAAAGGGAUUACAACGAAAUUCUACGCUUGAGAUUCUCAGAUUGGGGAGAAACCCAUUUAACCUGAAAGCAACACAGGCUCUUCUAGAAACAAUACGGCAGAAGAAAACUAUAGCGAUCAAGUUGUUGGACCUUAGUCAUAUACCCGUGAAUCAAGAUUUUGCUCAUUUUUCGGAGGUGCUCAAACUACAACGUCAGGGGUUUGCAACAAUCACUGGUCCGGUUGUGAAAGGAGACGUUAGGGAGCGUAAAAAAGAUGAAAUUGACUACACUAAAGACCCUCUUACUAUACUUUUUGACUUCAUGAAGCAGGAAGGGUAUAGGGUAAUAGAUCUAUUUAAAGUACUAGGAGCGGAGAAUAUCAUAACAACCAAGGAAUUCAAGAAAGGCAUGAUUGAAAUGCAAGUGCCCAUUACUGAGUCACAACUGAUUGAGCUAAUUAAAAAGGCUGAUAGUAACCAUGAUGGAAAGAUAGAACUUGGAGAGAUGAUCAACGUCGAGAGGCAGUACAAAAGAGAGCAAAUCGCCAAGGUUCAGGCAAAAGAAGCCAAAGAGCGACAAAAACAAGUAGAGAAGAAAAUAAAAAAGAUCAAAGGCCAAAAAGAAAAGGACAAUUUCGACUAUCUACCACCAAUAAAAAAGAAAACUAAAAAAGAAUCAAAUGUAAAUGCGCCAUUGACAAUUUAAAACACAAUAUCAAACAAGAAUAUCUUGCUUUGAUUGGUCAAAGUAUUUUUGAAUUGGAGCAGUUCACGUUGUCUCAACGACGAGCUGUGACAUUACCACUAUGGCAUAACUGAACCAAUUAUCUUUUAGAUAAGCAUCGCCACUUUUUAGCAAGCUGACCUCACUCAACAGUCGAUAUAGUAAAAUUAAUCUAUCUGGUCCUCCAUGUGCAGAAAACCAGAGUAUGGAUCGAUCAUAAUAAAACAUGAAUAAGAAUAAUAUAAAUAUGUGCAUGUUAUAAAUGAAAUACAUUUUGGGUUCCCUAC